AAUGGCCAAACUCUACGAUUUCCAAUGGCAGAGGCCGGUUCCAGAGGCACUCUUGAAUGGUGCUAGAUUUGACAGGUGGGAGGAGGAUACUAGCGUCUUUGAACCAGGCUGCUUUGUUAAAGUAGAUGAAUUUGGCUUCUUUAUACAUUGGAAAAGUGAAGGAAGGACGGGAUAUCCACAGGAGGGACAAGUUAUCGACUGCUCUCAAAUAUCCGAUAUCAGAAUGGGACUACCGCCAAAGGAUAGCAAAUUAUGCUCCGAAUUGGAAAGCCGAGGAGUUGGCUCUCUGGAUAGUAGGACGAUGGUUGUUUGCUCCGGUUUAGACUACGUGAAUAUAAAUUACACGAAUUUUGUAGCCCAAAACACGGAGAUAACGAAAGAAUGGAUUGAAAGUUUACGUAAUGCAACGCAUAAUUUUAAAGCAAACAAUGUCUGUCCGAUGACCCAAUUGAAAAAACACUGGAUUAAGCUAAGCUUAAUGGUGAAUCCGGAUGGAAAAAUUCCAGUUAGGAGUAUAACUCGCACUUUUGCCUCCGGUAAAACUGAGAAAAUUGUCAUGCAAAGUUUAAAAGAUCUAGGUUUACCUAGCGGAAAAAAUGAUGAAAUUGAUCCGGAAAUGUUUACAUUCGCCAAAUUUUAUGAUCUGUAUCACAAGAUAUGCCCUCGAACGGAUAUUGAAGAUUUAUUCAAAGAAUUAACUAAAGGAAAACAAUAUCUAACAAUUCCCCAUUUUAUCGAGUUUAUGAAUGAACGUCAACGAGACCCUCGACUCAACGAAAUUCUUUUUCCAUUCUUCGAUAGAAAACGAUGCUUACAGAUAAUAGAAACGUACGAACUAGAUGAAGAAUUGAAAAAGAUGGAGCGCUUGUCAGUAGACGCCCUUUGCCGAUAUCUUAUGUCGGAUGAGAAUGCUCCAGUAUUUUUAGACCGAUUAGAAAUUUAUAUGGAUAUGGAUCAGCCUCUUUCACAUUAUUAUAUAAAUUCAUCGCAUAAUACGUAUUUAAUUGGGCGUCAAUUUGGAGGAAAAUCUUCGGUUGAAAUGUAUAGGCAGGUUUUAUUGGCUGGUUGUCGUUGUAUCGAAUUGGAUUGUUGGGAUGGAAAAGGCGAUGAUCAAGAGCCGCUUAUUACGCACGGAAAAGCUAUGUGCACAGAUAUUUUAUUUAAAGACGUAAUCUAUGCCAUUCGUGAUACCGCGUUUGUUACUACCGAUUUUCCAAUUGUAAUGUCCUUCGAAAAUCAUUGCUCCAAGCCGCAACAAUAUAAAUUGGCCAAAUAUUGCGAGGAAAUUUUAGGUGAUUACUUGCAGAAUAAACCGCUAGAUUCUCAUCCGCUUGAACCUGGAGCUCCCCUUCCGUCACCGAAUCAGUUGAAGAGGAAGAUAUUGAUAAAGAACAAACGCUUAAAACCGGAGGUGGAGAAAAAGCACUUGGAUAUGUUUCUUAAAGGACAGAACGAAAUGUUGAUAGAGGACGGCGAGAACAUCGAAGACCCUGACGUUACCCCCAAUAUCGCCAACUCUGAAAAUAAAACAGACGGCGAAAAUCAAACACCAGCUACACCAGAUGCUCCGAUGACCAAUAAUGUAGCACCGACGGAAAAUCCAGAUAAACCUGAGGUAAAUUCUUCUCCCACUACACAUCCUGUCCCACCUCCACCUCCCCAGCAUCCGCCGCUAGUUAAGAAGCAAACAUCUGUGAAGAUGUCCGGUAAAAAGGGGAGUUUAACGGCUGAAGAAGAAGCGGCUUUGAUGGAUAAUUAUCAUUAUACUGGGGCAACAACGAAUAUACACCCUUACUUAUCCCAAAUGGUUAAUUACGCACAGCCCGUAAAGUUUUCCGGUUUUGACAUUGCCGAAGAGUUAAAUCUUCAUUGUCAAAUGUCAUCAUUUAAUGAAUCAACCGGUUUGGGAUACCUAAAAACCGGAGCUAUCGAAUUCGUAAAGUAUCCUUCGAUAGUUGAAGAUUAUUACUUGUAG